CCCCCGACCCUUUUCCCCUCCCCGGGCCUACCCACCUGGCCCGACUCCCGGCCGAGAGCGAGGUUUCCUCCGCCCAUCUGAUCGUCCACUGGAACAAUGUUUUACGCACAUUUUGUCCUCAGUAAAAGAGGGCCGCUGGCCAAAAUUUGGCUAGCGGCCCAUUGGGAUAAGAAGCUGACCAAAGCCCAUGUGUUCGAGUGUAAUUUAGAGAGCAGUGUGGAGAGUAUCAUCUCACCCAAGGUGAAGAUGGCUCUUCGAACAUCAGGACAUCUCUUACUGGGAGUAGUUCGAAUCUAUCACAGGAAAGCCAAAUACCUCCUUGCAGACUGUAAUGAGGCCUUCAUCAAAAUAAAGAUGGCUUUUCGGCCAGGUGUUGUUGAUCUUCCUGAAGAAAACCGGGAAGCAGCUUAUAAUGCCAUUACCUUACCUGAAGAAUUUCACGACUUCGACCAGCCUCUUCCUGAUUUAGAUGACAUUGAUGUGGCCCAGCAAUUCAGCUUGAACCAGAGUAGAGUGGAAGAGAUUACCAUGAGAGAAGAAGUUGGAAAUAUCAGUAUUCUACAAGAAAAUGAUUUUGGUGACUUUGGCAUGGAUGAUCGGGAGAUGAUGAGAGAAGUCAGUGCUUUUGAGGAUGACGACGUGUUAGUCAGCUCAAAUACUUCUAACCUCUUGCUGGAGCCCGAGCAAAGCACCAGCAAUCUGAAUGAAAAAAUUAACCAUUUAGAAUAUGAAGACCAAUAUAAAGAUGACAAUUUUGGAGAAGUGAAUGAUGGUGGUAUUUUAGAUGACAAACUUAUUAGCAACAAUGAUGGUGGGAUCUUUGAUGACCCCCCUGCUCUCUCCGAGACAGGGGUGAUGUUGCCUGAGCAGCCUACACAUGAUGAUAUGGAUGAAGAUGAUAAUGUAUCGAUGGGUGGUCCUGACAGUCCCGACUCGGUGGACCCUGUGGAACCAGUGACAGCGCUGACUGAUCAAACAACACUUGUCCCAAACGAGGAAGAGGCGUUUGCUUUGGAGCCUAUUGAUAUCACUGUCAAAGAAACAAAAGCCAAGAGGAAGAGGAAGCUGAUUGUUGACAGUGUCAAAGAGUUAGACAGCAAGACCAUUAGAGCCCAGCUGAGUGAUUACUCUGAUAUUGUUACUACUUUGGAUCUGGCUCCACCCACCAAGAAACUGAUGAUGUGGAAAGAGACAGGAGGAGUGGAAAAGCUUUUCUCUUUACCUGCCCAGCCUUUGUGGAAUAAUAGACUACUGAAGCUCUUUACACGCUGUCUUACACCACUUGUACCAGAAGACCUUAGGAAAAGGCGGAAAGGAGGAGAGGCUGAUAACCUGGAUGAAUUCCUCAAAGAGUUUGAAAAUCCCGAGGUCCCCAGGGAUGACCAGCAGCAGCAGCUUCAGCAGCAGCAGCGUGAUGUUAUUGACGAGCCUAUUUUGGAAGAACCGAGCCGCCUUCAGGAGUCAGUCAUGGAGACCAGCAGAACAAACCUGGAUGAGUCAGCCAUGCCUCCACCACCACCUCAGGGAGUUAAGCGAAAGGCUGGACAAGUUGACCCAGAGCCCGCGGCACCUCCUCAGCAAGUAGAGCAGUUGGAAGUGCCUCCUGUCGAACUUCCCCCUGAAGAGCCUCCGAGUCUCUGUCAGCUGAUUCCAGAGCUGGAGCUACUGCCAGAGAAGGAGAAGGAAAAGGAGAAGGAGAAAGAGGAGGAGGAAGAAGAGGAGGAUGAAGAUGCUUCAGGGGGUGAUCAGGAUCAAGAAGAAAGAAGGUGGAACAAAAGAACCCAGCAGAUGCUUCAUGGCCUUCAGCGAGCUCUUGCUAAGACUGGAGCCGAGUCCAUCAGUUUGCUUGAGCUGUGUCGAAACACGAACAGAAAGCAAGCUGCAGCAAAGUUCUACAGCUUCUUGGUUCUUAAAAAGCAGCAAGCUAUUGAGUUGACACAAGAGGAACCGUACAGUGACAUCAUCGCCACUCCUGGACCAAGAUUUCAUAUCAUUUGAGCAGCUAGAAGCAUUAUAGCUAGUGUUCAUUUCACUAGUGUGUACAACUUGCCCCCGUGUGUAGGGCACAUAAAACCCUUUCAGAAAAUUUAGAUUUUUGUCUGUACAAAGUCUCUUCCUUUUUCUUUCUUCACACCCACCCCCACAUUUUAAAUUUAUUAUAUCUUUAAGGGAAACUACUAUAUAUAUGGAUUGUGUUUGUGUUCUGAUGGAGAAAACACGCAUCCUAAUGGACCCAGAAGAUUAUUAUCUUUACACAGUUGAGAACAGAUGUGUGCAAUAUUGAUGCAUGUCGUAAUAUUGGUUGACAGUCAAAAAGUCAUCAUUUCUACCUUUGUUCUUCAUGACUGCAUUGAAAAGAUAAACCUGUCUGGGGAAAUGCCCAAUAAGUUAACGAGAAUGUUGAUGGUGAGUCUGAGAAGAAUUCUUUCCCCAUCAGUAACAUAGACAAUCUCUGUUAACCUCCGUGCGUGGUGGUGAUGAUGAUACCUGAACAACAGAAGUCAUGCCCUUGACUUAUGUUUAGAGUAUAAUUCCAUAGUGAGCAAGGAGAGUGUGAAAUUAAUUUGUAUCUGAUUUCCUUCAGCUCUGAAAGCAUGAGAAUCAUGCUUGAUUUAAAUUUUAUUUUGUAAAUCAUUCCAUUUGAGUCCUCACGGUGAACCUUGUGGUCCUUAAAUCAUGUUUUAAUGAGGCUUCAGAAUGAACAGAAGCAGAUUUUUUUAAUAGAAUGACUGUAUAAACAUUUUUAUAACUUGCCAGCAGCUGUAAAAUCAAAGUUUUUUAAAAAAGAUGUUUGAAUAUAUUUGAAUGUUCAAAUCAUGAAAAUUGAAAUUGUGCCUAUUAAAAGUACAGACUAAUGGGAAAUUAUACACCUGGUUGACUUAGGCUUUAAGCAGAUGAUGCUGUAAAAACGAAUGGCUUCUCUGAUAUUUAUUGUAAGUUUUAGUACUGAGCUCUCUUUCCAGUGCUGCACACUCCUGUGUUUGCAACUUUAUUUUGAUCGCUUUGCAACAGAAAUCCUGUAUCCAGUUUCCUGUAAUUUAAAUGAUGAAAUACGUUUCCAAAUAAAGAUUUUAUUAUUAACACACUAGAUAGUAUCAGAAAUUUUAUGUGACUUGUGAUUAUCGAAAUAUGUUUUAAUUUUUUAGGGCAAAAUUACUCAGUGACAGUUCAGGCAUACGUGUUGGCACUUUUGUGGGAAAACAAAAUCACUUGAAACUGACUUAGCUGUAUACCCAAUGUAAAAUUAUGUGAAAUGUUCUAAAUUUGUGACCUCGUAAUUACUGUUUUAAUGAUUCAGUUUUCUUGAGAAUAGUAAUUGUAUAAAAUUGCUAUUGCAGCUUUACCUUCAAUAAUCAUGUGCCUGUAAACCUUGGAUUUCCCCGUUGUAAAAAGACAUUGUAGAUAAUUGAGUGUUUGAUUUUAGAAAGGUCAUUAGUUUCUUGUUACACAUGUUAGUCUGGUUUUUAUUGUUUAUCAGGUUUAAUAUUCUUGAAAAUAGUCGAUGCUAUGUUAUGUAUAACUUUUCUAAUAAAAGUUGUGUCAUAAGCUGUAAA